AUGGAGAUAUCUCAACAAUUCUCCUCCUUGUACCACUCCCAUUGUCUUACCCCUUCUCCCCUCCCCUUCGGCCGUCUUCAAGGCCCCAUUCUCUCCCUCCUCGAAGGCAGCGACAUUCAAUUCCGGCGCGAACACCGCCUCGACAUCGCCCUCGUCAAGAACCUGCCCAUUGCCCUCGUCUUCCUCCCCGCGGACGCUAUACCCUACUACGUGGCUGAGGGAGAAGUGGAUUUGGGAAUUACGGGGCUGGAUCAAGUGAGAGAGGAGGAGGCGGGAAAGAGGAGGAAAUGGUCGAAAUAUGCGGGAAGAAGGGAAGGCAUCAGGGAGAUCAAAGAGGGGGAAGUGGAGGCGGGGAGGGAAGGAGAUGGUGGGGUGGGUAAUGAAGAAGCAGGCGUGGAUGUGGUAAUGGAUUUGGGAUUUGGGCAGUGUAAGCUGCAGGUGCAGGUUCCGGAAUCGCGGAGGUUAAAGACUGUGAAGGACUUGAUAGGGGGAAAGGUGGUUACGAGUUUCAAGAAUCUGACGAAGGAGUAUUUGAGGGACAUCGAAGGUGUGGAUGGGAAAGGCGAGUUGAAGACGCAGGUCAUAUAUCAAUCGGGAAGUGUGGAAGCGGCAUGCUCGCUCGGGGCUGCGGAUGGGAUUGUGGAUUUGGUGGAGUCAGGCGAGACUAUGCGAGCCGCGGGUCUCAUCCCAAUUGACACCGUGCUCUCCAGCUACGCCGUCUUUAUCAAAUCCAAACGAGUCUCCGAUCCAGCCCUAGCCAACCUCAUAGCAAGCAGGAUCAAAGGCGUGAUCACCGCACAAAAAUACAUCCUAUGUCAAUACAACAUUCCCCGCUCACUCCUCGCCAAGGCCUCCCAAAUCACGCCAGGUAAGCGUGCCCCAACAAUAACAGCGCUCGAUGAUGCGGAGUGGGUCGCUGUGUCGUCAAUGGUGGAGAAGAACAAAAUCGCUGUCGUUAUGGAUGAAUUAACGAGCGUGGGUGCCACGGACAUUCUGUGCUUGGGAAUUCUGAAUUCAAGGACGACUUGA